AUGAGAGACAGUGGGCCAUUCUACUUGACAACUAUUUCAAAACUCAAGGGCCAAGUAUGGUUUAGCAGACAACGAAUGGGUGAACACAAAAUUGGACAGCUUAUGAAAGACAUGGCUGUCAAGUCUGGUUUAACUGCUGCCACUGGUAAGAAAAUUACCAAUCAUUCGAGCAGAAAAACUUGUGUGCAAAAGCUAAAGAAUGCUGGUGUCCCGAGGGACAAGAUUAUUGAUGUCACUGGACACCGUAAUAUUCUCAGCUUUAAUUCGUAUGAAGGAGAUGACGAGAAUCAGGCAAGGGAACUGUCAAAUAUAAUCAGAGGAUGCAAGCAAACAAUUGAUAUUCAACAACAACCUGCUAACAGCAGCCCCAAUAAGGAUAGACUACCCCUUCAAGCCAGUUCUUUCAGCAACAGUUUCAGUACCAUCAACAACUUUACAGGUACAGUGAAUUUCCAUGGUGCAUUUCCUGGCUUUCCAGGUCUAUCUAAUAUGCGAGUGCCAACUCACCAAAGCACAGAGCCACGACGUACAUGGAAAAGGAUCAGAGCUUCUGUACUCUCAGACUCAGAUGAGGACUAG